CAACCGAACGACGGAAACGGUUUAACUGAACGGAAAUGGUACGGGUUUAACUAACUGAGACGAGAUUUUUUUUCAUUCUCUCGACCGACGAACGCGAUUUACAAGCUGCCGCAAUCAACAAAGUUUUUUUCCACUUGCCAUUUGCUCAACUGUCAACGAUGCGCGAAAAAAUCGAACAUUCAGCAUAAAUUCGGAGUUAUGAUUUAUGCUCUCCAAAAAUUUUCGAUGAGCAACAUGUCUAACCAAUGCCUAACAGUGUCGAACGCCUAACUUCCUCCGUGCUGGGAGCGGAGAGAGCGAAAAGAAAGAGGAAUUUUGUCAAAAAUAAUUUGCGAAACAAAAACAAACGCCAUUACGACGGCGGAACAUUUUUGUCGGAAAAGUGAUGCUUUCCCGGUCGAUGGUAGUGCAAAAUGGUCCCAUUCGGAGGCCGAAGCGGUGAUUCAAGUGAAGGAAGUGUUUUUUCGGUGUGAAAUGCGAAUUUGGAGUGGUUAUUUCAGUGAUGAAAAAUUGGUACCGUACACAAGCGGAGGAAGAAGUCCCCUCUGCAAAAAGUUGGUGAUCUUACGUGUGAUGGGCUUUUGGGAAGGGGAUGAGUGCGCAAGGAGGGUCAAGUGCCCAGUGUUGGGGAUUAUUUGAAUGACCAGUGUGUAUCAUUCAAGAGGAUGGUUUGGUGGCUGGAUAUAAUGGGUAUUUCAGAAUAUGUAAGCUAUUUAUGAGGAAGAAAUUGUUUGCUGUUGGAUUCUAUUUCGUUUCGAAGCUCGUAUUGAAAUCCUUUAUGCUGGCACAUCCGUAAAGGUGCGAAACCUGCACACCAUGAUACACCAGCAACAACAACAACAAUCGUCCUCCCAUCCACCGUUGAACCCAAUAGGCAACUAUAAUAUCUACUCCCAAAUGAAGAUGGUUCCUGACGGUUACAACAACUUUGCCCCACCAGUCCCUACGAUGUCUCUGGAGGAAUCUCCGGCCGUGCUGGGUUUCACGUUUCCACUGGCCGUGGAGAACGACAUAGACCGGCUAGAGGUGGCGGUGCGGCAGAGCAACUUGAUUCGGGGACAAUAUGUGCAAUAUCUGAAUGCGACGAAGCCCGUCCAGAUGAGUAUCGUGCAAUCGUUCAACAAGUUUUUCUCCGACUACUCGAUGACCAACUUCAGCUACUACGGUGUGGAACGGGCCGAGUAUCCCAAGACCCCGAAGAAGGCCAUGAAAAAGUAUAACGUUUUUACAACGUGCAUGCUAGAUGCCUGGCAAUCGCAUGGAAUUACCAGUAUUAUCCUAGUGGAACAGUUGAAGAAAGCAAUCUAUCACAUAAGCCGAAGACGGUACACGCGCAAUCAGGUGCUCAAGAAGAAGAUGAGACUUCUGCAAAGGAUUUGAUCCGUUUCGCCCGCACAAAUGUUUUUAAGUUUAUAAAAUAAAAUUAUAUUUUUGUAAGCUGUGUUGUUUUUGACCUACACAUUGUAAUGUCGUACAAAAUAAUUGUCAGUAAUCACUGUUCCGAAUUCUCUUUAUAGCUGCUUCCUACAAAUUUGUGCUUUCGAAAAACUCUUCUACCCCGCCCACCAUUCAGCCAGGUAAUAUUCUAUUGAAUCGGGUCAACGUGCCGGUGCCGGCGAAAACUUCUGCUCUACAGCGCAGGAAAGGUUCCUUGCAAGGGGUCGUUGGAUUCGAAUUUCCAUUGGUUCAUGAACACGACGUCGAACGAUUGGAAGAGGCCAUAAUGGACGACACAGUUCGGGAACAAUAUAUUAGCUACCUGACGGUGAAUAAGACGUCCACAAUGGAUCUGGUGGAAUGUUUUUCGCAAUUUUUCUCCGACUCGGCGAUGCAAAACUUCAAUUGGAAUGGAUUUUCGAACCACCGCUUCCCGAAGAAAGCCAUGCGCAACUACAAUAUCUUCACCAACUGUAUGAUGGAUGCAUGGAGAAGCGAAGGCCUUACGGAGGAUUUGCUUCAAUUGAAGCUAAAGCGAACAAUCGAGAAAAUUAACAACCGUCGCAACGUUCAAUUGUCCAAACGUCGUCGGAAGGCUCGGCUAUUGAAUGCGGAUAAAAUAAAUAAGCAAUGACUGCAUACUUUUCUCUAAAAAUGCUUUGAAUUUCUCUAUAAUCUAGUACUUCACGGUGUUGAACGCCCAAUCUAGCAUCCCUCCUAUAUUAACAUACCGAAUUCACUCUUCCAUUUACAAGCUUUCAAAGUUCCAAAAGUGUCGAUCCGGCGGGAUCUGCAUCACAAUCUAGUCACGCACGUGCCCGGGUUCCAGUUUCCCAUCCGCCGGGAGGAGGACCUGGAACGGUUGGAGUAUCUGGUCAAGAGCAACCCAAUUGUGCGGCAUCAAUACGUGGGCUACUUGGCGACCAAGAAACCCCGUACCGUGUCCAUAGUGCAGUGCUUCCGGAUGUUCUUCGCCGACGAAGCGCUGAGGCGGUACAACUGGAACGGACUGGACAGCCCUCGGUAUCCGAAGAGGCCGAUGAAGAACUACGACAUCUUUACCUCGUGUAUGCUCGAGGCUUGGCACACCCACGGCGUCAGUUGGGAGGAGCUGAAAUCUAUGCUCCGGAAGUCGAUCCACAAAAUGAACAACCGUCGAUACUCGAUCGAGUGCCAUCGGAGGAAAAAACUUGCAUGCGCGUCAAUGUAUGAUCUGAUUUGAUCUUUUCCUUUCGUUUGAAUAAAGUGUUGUCUAGAUCGAAACACUGAA